AUGGCAGUUAUGCAAUCUAAUAUGACAAAAAUUAUGAAAUACCAUAAGGAAGACAAGAAGAACUUUGUUGAUCUUGUUAAAACUCAUAAUGAGUUGGAGCUAACAUUGAAGAAAAACACGUACGAGGUUGAAGUCUCCAAUACGAAUUUUGGAAGAGAGGUUAUGGAAGCAAUCGACUUGGUUCAAAAUCAGCUGGUUGAAAUUAAAGGCAGCAUGAGAAGAACAUAUGCUGAAAGACUAGAGUAUGUUGAUUCUAUUGCAAGGAAAUUUAAAGCUGAAGAGAAUGCUAAAGCUGCUGAGAAAGAGCAGAAUAUCAUCACUCAAGGAGAGGCUGUUAGAGAUAGAAGAGGUGACAGUAUUGAAACCGGCACCAAAUCUAAACGAAUGCCAACCAAUGAUGAAAACUCAAGGCCAACUAAAAGAGGCGGAGGCCGAAGCAACGGUGAUCACGGAGGUUGCAACGGUGGUGAUCGCGGAGGCCGAAGUACUGGCAAUGAUUGUGGUGGGGGAACUGGUGGAAGUUGUCGUGGUGGACGCGGUCUUCCUCCAUUCCAGAACCUGCUAACUGGUGAAGGGAUGAGUGGUGAAGGAUUCACCUAUUCAAUUGAUCCUCGAGUGAAAAGGGAAGGCCAAUAA